AACUUCUGCAUUUGAUUGAGAUUUUAAGAAAGGAAAAUACUUAUUUUACACUCAAAUUUUGAUAAAAUGACUUAUUCUCGUGCAAUCUACCUUGCCAUUUCCAUGGUUUUGCUUUCCUCAGUAGCAAUGGCAGCUGAUCACGUUGUGGGUGAUGAAAAGGGUUGGACCGUUGAUUUCAACUACACUCAAUGGGCCCAAGACAAAGUUUUUCGUGUUGGUGACAACCUUGUGUUCAAUUAUGAUAAUACCAAGCACAAUGUCUUCAAAGUGGAUGGUAAACUCUUUCAAAGCUGCACUUUUCCAUCAGAAAAUGAAGCACUUUCCACCGGAAAGGACGUUAUUCAACUGAAAACCGAAGGAAGAAAGUGGUAUGUAUGUGGAAAGGCAAAUCAUUGCGCUGCUCGUCAAAUGAAGCUUGUCAUCAAUGUACUAGAAGAAGGUGCACCUUCGCCUUCUUCGUCUGCUCACUCUAUUGUAUCAUCCAUCUUUGGAGUCAUCAUGGUAGCCACAAUUGCCAUUGCAACCUUCUUUUAGUUAGAGCAAGUUCACUUCUUAUGCUUUGAUUUAAUUUAUCAUUCAAAUAAGAGUUUCUAGUGACCAUUUGGCAAGUAUUGUUUUUUUUCUUUCUUUUUGCUUUUGUUAAAUGAACUACAUGUGAUGAUUAUUUUGGCCAAAAUAAAUUUAUAGUCAUUUAUCUUGAUUUUUAGUUUA